AUGUCUAGCAACGAUACCACCAGCGAUCUCAACUCUAACAACAACAUGAACCGCCCCGCAGAGGUUCCCUUCCGCCAUGGCAGCAUUGGCGCAGAUCAAAAUGCCUUUAGCUGGUCUGAGCAGCUUCGAACCCGAGCCGAGAGCUCUGUCACUGGCCAACGGCCAUCUUUCGCCCUCGGAAACAGCUUUAGCACCUCGCCUCCCCGAAAUGGCAGUAUUCAAUCCUCUCAGGGGUACGUUCGACCCUCUACCGAGAUGCAUGCCCCACCGGCGCAGGCGGCAUCCGUCAAGCAAAAGCAGCCAGAGAGACGAAAGCCGGACGCCUUCCAAGAGCGCAUCUUGAAGGGCGACUUCUACAUGGAUUAA